CGAACCUUCACCGAUCGCUCUCCCCAGCGCCAAGCGUUAGUGUAAACGCGCCAUGUUCUCGUGCUAGGAAUGAAGAACUCGAGCAACUCGUCCCUGUUCACCUCCAAGUCCAGUUUGAAAAGCCAGCCACCGUCCUCGACGAACCUCACGAGUAACCUCCGCGCCCCUUCACCUUCCCGCCGGCGAACCCCUCCUACGUAUCUCGACUUGAGCGACGUCCAGCCCCCGGGCAAUGAAAUCGCCGCUGCUGCGUCAUUCGCUGCAUCAGGACCUUCGACGAGCGCGCAGGUAGACGGCGAUACAAGUGCUGGCAGCGGAUUGUCGCAUAGAGAAACUGAGUCGCCAUCGAUAUGGAAUUCUUUCUCUGAUCAAAGAGACGCCACGAGUGCUGGGAGACCAGCAACAUCUGUGAGGCUUGGGAGCGAACGCAACGCAUUUACAACCCCAGAGGCUGAACAGCCGCCCUCGCUGCGACAGACUCCAGCGGCAGUAGGGCUGUUGAGUGGCUCGAAGCGCAAACGAGCACCUCGAUCAGCCCCAACGGAGAACAGGCAAACACACGAGUCUUCCAAUAAACGAGCGAAGCUUCGGCCGCGGUUCAAGCAUCCUAUUGAUGGGACCUCGUUCGACUUUCUCCACUUCACCUCGACUGCUGGUCCACCGUCUCCACUCUUCUUCAGCAACAGCCCCAGACCACGGCCCUUGCUCCCGCGCUUCUCAUCCGGGGAGGCUGCGGCACGAGCCAUGGAUAUGCUGUCCAAGGCGCGGAACGAAGAAAGCCAUGUGAAGACGGUCAGCUUGGCUCGCGGAACUGUCACGACACCUGCAGCAGGUUACGGGCCAACCAGCGCUCCAUUCACUCGGAGAAGCCUGGAACGCGUAGCUGAGCGAAGUAACAGCCCGGACAGCAGCAGCCAUAGCGGCAGAGAAGGUCACAAUGGCACAAUUGGCAUGCUAAAUUCCAUCGGCAUAGUCGAAUUACUGGAGCAGGAUGAAAGACCAACAUUUAUCAUCGACUUGGGUGAUAGCACGAAUUACGGGACUGGAUCGUUGCAUCUACUCUUUUCCAACCCUUCUCUCAGAGCCCACGAGGGUUUACAGGCACUGAUUUCUGGCAUGGCGACGGCGGAACUGUCUCCUGGCGCGAGAACCUUUCUCCAGUUCAAGUCAUGGUUACUGAGUGCCGCCGUGAAUGGCGAAAGCCUCAAUGUGUGUCUGCCACCGUUCACUUUUGCGAGCAUGACGUGGAGCUGUUCAACUCUCCGCAAGAGACUGAGGCUUAUCAGCGGUGCUUUCAAUUCGCCAUUGCCCACGUCAGCAGCUGCAUUGAGGUUGAGCGUGCCUCCAACAGAGGCGCUGCCGGACAGAGACCCUGGUGAACCUGCCGACUACUUCGGUCAGGCAAGGGCUGAGCAUGCAUCGAAUUCCGAUGGCUCGAACAGCACAGUAUCAACAGAAGUGAUGUCAACAAUCGAAUCGCAGGUAGCUGCCACUUCGUUGACACCUUCGCCCUUACCUUUCACGGUAGAAGCCAUGGAUCUUUCCGGUGCUACAGAGCUGCUCCCUAGUGCGAAAACGUACGUACGGAGCGAUAUCGUUACGCCUGAUGCCAUGCCCGUGGUAUCGUGUAGCACCGCGAGCCAGCCCACUAUCGCUGACCCUACUCCUGCUUAUAGCCAGAUCUCAGUUGUUGCCGCGGACGCGCCUUUUUUUGACUGGACGAGAUUGCCAAUUUCAGAAAGAAUGCCGCGCCAUAUUCAAUUUGCUCGAAGUAUAGAUUGGGCUUCGACCAGCCUCGGACCAAUUGAGUAUUGGAGUGCAGACUUGCGCCAGAUGUGCAAUCUGAUUAUGGCAUCACCCCACCCGGCAGCCAUGUAUUGGGGCGAGGAUUUGAUCGCAAUCUACAACGAGGCGUACAUUAUGCUUGCAGGGCAAAAGCAUCCCAGCUUGAUGGGGAUGAGCUAUCGAGAGGCUUGGACAGAGAUCUGGGAUGAGGUCAAAGACGUCUUUGCAAAUGCGAAGUUGACAGGCGAAGCCACGAUGAAGGACGAUGAUUGCUUAUUCAUUCGAAGAAGCGACCAUCUCGAGGAAUGCUAUUUCUCGUGGUCAAUCAUUCCCAUGGUAGGCCGGGACGGUAGCGUGAUGGGGCUUUACAACCCAGCAUUCGAAAAAACUAGGCGCAAGAUCGCAGAAAGGCGAAUGUUGACUCUCCGAGAAAUUGGCGAACGGACUGCGACUGCGAGAGAUGUCAAAUCUUUCUGGUCUCAAGUGCUCGGAUCGUUCGAAUUCAACGAACACGACAGCCCCUUCUUACUGCUGUAUUCGGUAACAGAUGAGAGCGACAGCGACUCCAGCAGCAUGCAUUCGAGCUCGGCCCUCUCAUCCCGGCAAUGCAUCCUGGAAGGUGCUCUAGGUCUCCCAGACGAUCAUCAGGCAACACCAAACCAAAUAGACCUUCGUGCUGGAAUGGAAGGCUUUGGGCCGGUCUUCCGCGAGGUCAUGAAGACGGACAAGCCUUUGUUACUAGAGGUUGGCAGUCGUGACUUGCCCGAGAGCCUGAUCAGCGGUCUAAAUUUUCGAGGUUUCGGCGAUCCAGUGACUGCUGUGGUAGUGUGUCCAAUACACCCUACAACGGGCGAGAGCGUGCUUGGGUUCCUGGUCCUGGGUGUCAAUCCAAGGCGGCCUUACGAUGAUGACUACAGUCUUUUCAUUCAGUUGCUCAGCCGACAAUUGGGUACCUCACUGGCCUCGGUCGUCCUAUUCGAAGAAGAAAUUAGGAGAGGGCAGAAGGCUGCUCAGCUCGCAGCGCUUGAUCGCAUAGAGCUCUCGGAACAGUUGGCAGCUCGGACGAUGGAGGCCAUGGAGAGCGAGACCAAAUUCACUCGAAUGGCUGAGUUCGCCCCUGUCGGGAUGUUCAUUGCAGACAGCGACGGCAAGAUUACUUUCGCCAAUGACACGUGGUACGACAUAUCUCGAGUACCAAAGAACUCCAAUAUGGCAGACACCUGGAUGGAUGCCGUAAAGCCAGAGGAUCUGCAAACAGUAAAAGACCUCUGGACUGAACUAGUUGCGAAUGUAAAACCUGUCUCCAGAGAGUUCAGAUUCAAGGCGCAAUGGAGAAACCGGAACGGCAAUAGUGGCGAUACUUGGGUGCUCUUCAGCGGUUUCCCUGAACAAUACACAGACGGGAAAUUGAAGAGUAUAUUCGGAAGUAUCACAGACAUAUCCCAACAGAAAUGGGCCGAAGGUCUCCAGACCAGAAAAAUGGAAGAGGCUGUGGAGCUGAAGCGGCAGCAGGAAAACUUCAUUGACAUAACCUCGCACGAGAUGCGCAAUCCUUUGUCCGCGAUCCUACAGUGUAGCGACGAUAUCGCAAGCUCGCUGACGAAAUUUCGCCAAAGCGGCGAGCGGGUUGUACCAGAUGAUCUUCUGGCCAACUGCUUAGACGCGGCACAGACGAUCAGUCUUUGCAGCCAACAUCAAAAAAGAAUCGUUGACGACAUCCUCACCCUGAGCAAGCUGGACUCCGCUCUCCUCCUGGUCACGCCCGUAGACGCCCAGCCGCUCACUGUGGUCCAAAGAGCGCUCAAAAUGCACGAAGGCGAGUUGCAGGCUGCCGAUAUCCAGAUGAAAUUCGUUGUCGACCAAUCGUUCCGCGAGCUCAAUCUAGACUGGGUUCGCUUCGAUCCUAGCAGAGUGCUACAAGUACUAAUUAAUCUUACCACCAACGCGAUCAAGUUCACUGGAACCGAGGAACGCAGAACCAUCACUGUCACGAUCGGGGCGUCGAUACAACGGCCUAGUGACCGGACAGAUGCCCCAGUCAAAUACUUCGCGACCAGAAAGAAGAAUCGUGAUCUGCUGCUGGAGAACGAUUGGGGAAACGGCGAGAAAGUGUAUAUCCACUUCUCUGUACGUGAUACUGGUCGCGGUCUUUCCCCCGAGGAAAAGAAGCUCCUCUUCAUGCGAUUUUCACAAGCUUCCCCGCGCACACACGUUCAAUACGGAGGAUCUGGACUUGGCCUCUUCAUCAGUCGUGAACUCACGGAGCUCCAGGGUGGCGAGAUUGGUGUGGAAAGUGAAGCUGGGUGUGGAUCCACAUUUGCUUUCUACGUCGCAGCACGGAGAAGCUCACCACCCCAGGAUGAUUUCGACGGAGCUGUUGGUAUCAAACGAACGCCAAGUCACGCGCACAAUCCAAGAAGUAAAUCUGUUCCAUCGGCCGUUUUGCCUCAAGGAGCUCCUGUCCAUGUCGCCGAAGGCAAGGGAGAGUUCGAGGCGGAUGGCACCAAGCCUGUGGUGAAGAAAGUGCUCAUUGUUGAGGACAACCUCGUCAACCAGAAAGUUUUACAGAAACAGCUCAAGAACAUCGGUACCGAGGUCCACGUUGCGAAUCAUGGCGGCGAGGCGCUAGAAAAACUGAUGCAGUCCACAUACUGGCGAGACGGUCAAAACAGAAAAGACAGAAUCGAGCUCGGCGUUGUCCUCAUGGAUCAAGAGAUGCCAGUCAUGGACGGACUAACUUGCACACGCAAGAUUCGAGAACUCGAGGCACAAGGCAAACUGACCGGCCAUGUGCCUAUAAUAGCCGUCACGGCGAAUGCGCGGUCUGAGCAGAUCCAGACCGCACUCAAUGCGGGAAUGGAUGACGUUGUCAGCAAACCCUUCCGCAUCCCUGAGCUCGUGCCCAAGAUUGAAGAGCUCUUGGUCAAAUACCCUAUGCCAACACGGACUACGAAUUCAUGACGAUGACGAGGACACACUAAAGCGCUGGACCAACAGUCAGAUCUGCGAGGGCAUGUCUGCAAUUACUGCUUGGAUCAGCGCACGAGAUUCACCGGCAUAGGUCAAGGCAAAGCUGGAUUACAGUACAGUCAAGCAUCAAGGGACUAAGUCUGCCAAUGUUCGGAACGAGGACUCAUGCAUAUUGAACGACAACGCGGAGAUGUCUGUUUCGUGAGGGGAAUAGGCAGAAUGGUUAAGCAGCCCUAACAGGCAUUGGGAGAAGCUUUUUGCAUGCGCCGGGAGGAUACCAGUGUGACUCUACCAAUACUACAUUAGGGCAUUGCACAGCACAGCAUAGCACAGGACAUCUGGAAUUAGCGACAGAGACAAAAAGCGAUAGAGUCGUUGUAAUGGAAAGUUCGAGAUGAGUAACAUGAGAAUCGAUGAAGUUUUUCUGUAGCUCCACGCACGGUGGCUGGGAUCAGCAGCAUACAUGAGUUUGCAAUACAGUUUGAUACUUGCG